AUGGGCGGCACGCCAUGGUGCGAUACCACACCAAAGGCGAGGGGUGGACGACGGGGACUUAUCCUUGUCACUUGUGGGCCUGCCAUACGGGUCAGUCAUCACUUUGACUCACUGCUGAAACUGGUGAAGGACGACACCUUUGAUUUCGUCAUUGGAUUUGGAGGAGCCUCGACCCUCCCUGUGAACGUUGGCCCCAUGGUUCAAGCCUUUGUUCGCAAUGCUACACUGUUCGGAAUACCGGAUGUCUGGGACUCAUUGUGCGAAUUGCUCGCCUCCAGUCCAGAUGUUUUAGACUACAACACUGUGGUGAUUGUCUAUGGCUCAUAUGUGGAGGGGAAGCGCAUAGUUGAGAGCAGAGAGAUAAGCAAGCACCGUCCUCCGUAUCGUGCGUUUGGUCAUGAGUUCAGUGCAUGUGCAAAGGAGGGCUGCCGUCCCGCGGUAUCGGAUAACCGGGUGUCAACAAAGAACGGCAAGGUUCGCAUCACCUGUGCAAAGUGUCAAUGGACAUCCGCCUGGGUGGCUAUUGAUGAGGACAACUGA